AUGAUGCCGGAGUUGGCCUCUUCGCAGGAAUGUAGACCUGUCUGCACCCGAAAACCAAAACCGAGUCCAAGGGGCGGGGCCGGCUUGCUGGCGGAGAGGCCCCAUCUCACUUGGGCGGACACGGAUGUCUGGAACGAGGCCUGGCAGAGGGGCCCGGGAGGUGGCUUCAGACCCAGGGCCAGCCACGCCGCUUUCCCACAUGUGCAGACGUUGGCUUCCCUAGAGGGACACUCCAGGGAGGGAAGACGUCUCCCCGAGAGAGAGAAGAGCCGGGAGCUUUCCGCUCUGUGUGCAGCCUCCUGCGCUGGGAGGCGGCAGCUCCAAAGCGCCUACGUGGGGCUUCUGCCGGGAUUCUGA